UCACAUCUAAAGAAAAAAACAAUUUAUAAAAAUGAAUCCCAUUUUUGUGAUCGCUCUGAGUGCCGUCUUCAUGACGCUGGCUGUGGCAACUCCCGUUGAGCUAACCGACGAGCAAAAAGGUUUGAUCAAACAGUACGUCGACCAGUGCACCAAGGAUGUCAAUCUGACCGAAGAGGAGAUUGCCAAGGUGAAGGCCAAGGACUUCAAGAACCCCAGCGAGAAUAUCAAAUGCUUUGCCAACUGCUUCUACGAAAAGGUGGGCACCCUUAAGGACGGCGUCGUCCAAGAUGAGGUUGUGCUCAAGAAGCUGGGCGCCAUCAUUGGCGAGGAAAAGACCCGCGAGGCUCUGGCCAAAUGCAGCAGCAUCAAGGGCGACAACAACUGUGAUACGGCCAACAAAUUGUACGAAUGCUUCGAAUCGUUCAAGCCCAUCGAGAUUAAGGCUUAA